UUUCCUCAUCGGCCACCGACGCUACGAUAAUGAUCGACGGAUCCACAACCUAGAUCGCCAUAUUCCUGCCGCUCAGUCGCGUCACGAACACGGUCGCGCGCUUGUGCUCGGGUCAUUUUUAUAGAUAAAAAGGCCAGUGAGAACUUCACAGUGUAGCAGUCGAGCAGUGGUCGCGGUGAGUUGAAGAAUACAUUCGUGUGACUAUCUCUUCAUAAGAAUACUGAUAGUGCAAAAGCGUCUUCUGUUUCAUUCCGAGAAUUAUGGUACCAAAGAGACUUUCUCGUUUUCUUCUCGACAUGGCUACCGAGGUAUCAAGCGGCAAAGGAACCCCGGGUGUCAUAACGCUCGCUUGCUCAGUAUUGACGCAUUUUCUCCUCGUGGCUCCUGUGAUAUACAUCUUGGUACUCGCUUUUCGCCACUACAGUUUUUUUUCUUGGCAUCCGAUUUGCAUGUCUGUCGGGGUCGGUCUUCUAAUCACGGAAGCUGUCUUCAGUGUCUCCGGCGAGGCGUAUAUCUCGUCGAAGUUACCCAGGCGUGACAGGGUGACGAUACACUGGAUUCUACAUGCGACAGGCCUGGCCAUAAUCGGGAUCGGCCUGAUUAUCAUCGUCGUCAACAAGAUCAAUCACAAUAACCAUCAUUUCGUAUCGACUCAUUCACAAUUGGGCCUAGCAACAAUUAUAAUAUCCGUCUUGACUGCGAGUUUCGGGAUCCUGGCGAAAAACACCUCGUGGCUGUACCCGCACCUGAGACCAAUAUUCAUAAAGAUCGCUCACGCUUGCGGCGGCAGCGUGGUAAUCAUUCUUCUAUUGGCCACUCUUAUCAAUGGAACUUACUCUUUUUGGUGGCCUGGAUCUGUCACGGGUAGAAAUCUGGUCUUUGCCUCAUGGUUUAUCGCAGGUUUUUUGAUACUCGUGAAGCCAGUUCUUGGAGCCGUGUCGAGAUGCAGAGUUGUUUUCGGACCACCCUCGAGCGAUACACGUUAGGUAUCACGCUGACGUUCUCGAUAAAGUCUAUCAUGUCGAGAUAUGAGAGUUGUUUCAGAAAUGAGGUCAUAUAUUCUUUAUAAAAAUUUUGGUAACGGUUGUAUAGAGAGACUCGCUCGAUUAUCAACUACAAUCGAGAAGAAAUCAUGAAUAAAACUAAAUACUGUAAAAGAGAGAGAGAGUUAACAUGUUGUCUAAUGUACUUUAUAACAUAUUAAAUAACUUCUUCUAAUACUAAAACAUGAUGUCUUUUACUAACUCUGGUAGGUUAAUUUAUUUGUCUGAGAUCUGAAAGAUUUAUAGAUUUUCAUCAAUUUUAAAAUUUCGUCUCGCAGCGAGUGCCUUGUUUCUGACGUAACUCUCGUUAAAUACUAAGCGCAGCGGUGGAAAACCAAAGAUCAAAAUAAUUUUGUUAUUUGAAUAUUGUUUGUUACUAAUCCCAUUUAGGGACGUUGUUUCAUGACUACGUAUCAUAGAAAAGAACGUACCGCUGUGUCUCUCAGAAAUCAGCCAUCUGCGAAAGCAACAUGUUUAGGCAGCAUAUUGUUAACCAUGUAUACCAACACUUUAUUGAUUACACACGCAUCUCAUAUACAUUUAUUACACAUUAUAAAUUUGCGUAUACGCGUAUACACACACGUACGUGCGUUUUUGUUGAUGUACCUCCAAUAUAUAUAUAUAUAUAUAUAUAUAUAUAUAU